AUGAGAAAGUAUUAUCCUGAGAGUGUCCGUGGUAAGAAGGAAAUUGAGUUCCACGAAUUGAAACAAGGGAACAUGUCAGUGACUGACUAUGUUGCUAAGUUCAUUGAAUUGGCCAAAUUUUAUCCGUACUAUGAUGGAGAGGGUGCAGAGUUUUCAAAAUGCGUUAAGUUUGAAAAUGGGUUACGCUCUGAGAUCAAGAAGGCUAUAGGUGAUAGAAGAGGUAAGCAGAAUCAGCAACGUGGCAAGCCUUAUGACACUCCAGCUGGAAAGGGCAAACAGAGAGCUGCUCCGGGCCAGAGAACAAGUGGGGGAGGUGCUCCUGCUCCGAUUAUGUGUUUUAAAUGUGGGAAGGCUGGUCAUAAGAGUACUUACUACACUGAUGACGUUAAGAAGUGUUUCCGUUGUGGCAAGACUGGUCAUAUGAUGUUUGAAUGCAGACAUAAAGAAGUGGUUUGUUUUAACUGCAGCGAAGAAGGACACAUUGGAAGUCAGUGUCAGAAACCAAAGAAGGCACAAACUGGUGGUAAGGUGUUCGCAUUGGCUGGUACUCAGACCAGCAUUGAGGACAGACUCAUUAGAGGUACUUGCUUCAUCAAUAGUAUGCCUUUAACUACUAUUAUCGAUACUGGUGCUACUCAUUGUUUUAUUGCUGCUGAAUGUGUUGAAAAGUUGGGUCUUGUGCUAUCUUCGAUUAAUGGCGAGAUGGUAGUUGAGGGAUCGAUUUCGGUAAUGUGCUGCUGCAAGGUUCAGUUGGGGUUUGUGAUUGCAAAGUGUUGUCUGGUUUAUUACUUUGAACCUUAUCUUUGUAGAAUGUUAGCAUUGGUUCAUUGUGCAGCGGGGCUGAGUGUAUUGGCAAGGUUCACACAGGUUUGGAAUUUGGGAGGUGGAAUGGUUAAGGCUCGUGGUUAUUUGGAGGCAUACAUUGGAUAUGAGCAAGACAUAGAGAUUGGUGUAUAUGGGGAGUAA